UCCAUCAUUGAUUGUUAACGAUGGUUAAGAAGCGUCGCGGAAUGCCCAUGGCCCGGGGCGCCAUAGCUAGGGUUUAUGCGCGCUUGUAGCAAGCGUGCGCUCAGCUCGAUCUCAUCGAUCGUUUGUCAGCUAGCCGCUCUGUAGCUCUUAUUGGACGAUCAUCUCGGCUUUGUCAUUGUCUAAUCCAUUCUUUGUGCAUUCCAGGCGUGCAAUGUGGGACCUCUAGAUCUCCCGUGAAAGCGCCUGCUAGCAGCAGCCAUUGCUUGGAAUUCGGGGAUGCGGCUGCUCUCCGGCAGUGAUAAGGGAUCGAUCGAUGAGCCGGAAAUUUCACCCAAAUGCUUAGAGCAUGGGUCGUGCUACGCAUCGUGCAUUGCUGAGCGUCAAGGUACCCGGUUGCCUCAAAGCCAAGUCCGACUCCCGUGAAGAUCACCUCAGAUCUAGAUGCUCCAUUCUCAGCUUGCUCCAUCUUUUCCCCCUUUUCAGCACCUCUGGCCAAGACCACUCUCCCAAGCCAUCCAAAGUCCUUGACAGUGGUCUUUCUGCCUUUUUCAGCUCGAUCAUGGGAUUUAGUGCUCCCUCUCAGUCUCAGUCUCGUCCUUUGAGUCCACCCUUGUCCUCGGAGUCUGUGAGUCCUGCCCGGAUCAGGAGCAGGCUUUUGGUACCUUUCCUCAAGUGUCUAGCUCUUUGCCUCAUUAGUAUCCUCGUCCUUGUGGCUGUCCUGGGAGGAUCCAGGAGCAAGCACCGUGUUUAUACCGGCACUUACAGGCGGUACCAAGAGGGGGGAGCUCUUGAAGUGUUGGGCUAUGACCCUGGCUUUCAACUUGGACGAGCUCCUAGUCUUAAGAAUGUGAAAGGGUGUCCAGACGGUAUGGAAGACUUCGUUCCCUGCUACGAUGUGGCUGCUAGUAUCAAGGCCGGAUUCAAGAAUGGACAAGAGUUCCAGAGGCAGUGCAAGGUCCAAAAGCAGUGCAUCGUCAAGCCUCCCAAAGGAUAUCGUCUGCCGCCGAGGUGGCCUACUAGCCAAAGAAGUCUUUGGAACAGCAACCUCAAAGUAACUGAAGAGCGUCUAGAGAGGAUUCUCAUUGAAGAAAGCGUGAUAAGCUUUCCAUCUGAAGAAUCUCUCAUGGAGGGAUACGUUCAACAGCUUGAAGAAAUGAUAUCUGCUGGUGGGAACAGAACUCUUACAGAGAUGGGGAUCCGAUUGGCACUGGACAUCGGAUGUGGAAUGGCUGCCUUUUCUUCGACUCUUCUGUCAAGAAAUGUGCUAACAAUGUCUAUAUCCGCCUACGAGGAGCAUGGAGCUCCCGUUCAGUUUGCUCAGGAACGCGGCCUGCCAGCCAUGAUCGGCUCCAUCUCUUCGAUGCAGCUUCCGUUUUCAUUGUCUGCCUACGACAUGAUUCACUGCAAGGACUGCGGAGCUCAAUGGCAUGAUAAAGGUGGUUUGCUUCUCUUUGAAGUGAAUAGAUUGCUUCGCCCCGGGGGAUAUUUCGUCUGGACCCUCCCGUUUCUAGACCAGUCAUCCAACAGUAUCCUGAAAAUAAUGGGGAAGUUGACAUCCAGUAUCUGUUGGAGUCAACUUGCUCACAACCAGCGGACCGUUAUAUGGCAGAAAACAACAAAGCAACGAUGCUACACCUCAAGGCGUUCGACUAUGUGCGAGAAGAAAAAUCCUGCCGAUGUGCUGUUGUACCAGCCGUUGCGGCCAUGUGUAACUGAGGCACCGAACGGGAGGUGGCGUACAGUACAACAGCAGCACUUGUGGCCAAACCGGCUUAUGCUGACGGCAAGACGUCUUUCGAGAUAUGGAAUGGUUUCCAAAGAUUUCAACGAGGAUGUACAAUCCUGGUUGGCAAAAUUGUCCAACUACUGGUCCCUCUUCACGCCAGUAAUCUUUUCGGAUCAUCCGAAAAGGCCUUCAGAUGAUGAUCCGCCAGCUCCGAAGAAUGUUGUGAGGAACAUUAUGGACAUGAACGCGCAGUACGGUGGAUUUAAUGCUGCUCUCCUCACAGCGGGAAAGCCGGUUUGGGUGAUGAAUGUCGUUCCUACUUCCGCACCAAAUACUCUCUCUGCGGUGUUCGACCGAGGACUGCUUGGUGUCCAUCACGACUGGUGCGAGGCUUUUCCAACAUAUCCCAGAUCAUAUGACCUGUUGUACGCGAGAUCUCUCCUUUCGCAGGAGCUACAAAAGCCCAAGCCAUGUACACUAGCUGUCAUUGUACUUGAAAUGGAUCGAAUACUGCGACCCGAGGGAUGGGUACUUUUGCAAGACGAGACGCAAGUUAUCGAGACGGCUCGUUCUCUACUCGUCCAGAUCCGCUGGGAGGCGCGAAUAAUUGAAAUACCGGGUCAUGGCGAUCAAAGGCUUUUGGUGGGCCAGAAAAACUGGCGCAAAUAGGCGGUUUGUUCAUUCUUUACGAUCUCCUACUAACUAAUUGUCAGACAUUCUUUUGCCU